AUGCGGUCUUUUCGCAUCCUCGGCCGCUUCGUUGGCCAAAGGCCAUUUGUUGAAUUUGCCCUGCGCGUUCCCCGUCGCCAACCGUCUUCCACAGUAUGGUCUAGGAGAUAUGCCCCCAAAGAUCCUCGUCGACGGAUUUACCCUUCUGUCAUCCUAGCUGCCGCCGCUCUGUCUCCUGUUGCAUUCGUUGAGAUAUCCGAAAAUGGACCCCAAGAUGGCAAGACAAGUGAAAUGCAGAUGCUUGAGGCAUCUCGUCAAGAAAUCAGCAAGAAGGUGCCCGAAGAUGUCCAUGGACUUCGCCGUGUCUACAGAACGGUCAUAUAUGUUGUCGAUCAGUACAUAUAUGAGCCUCUGGCAACCACUUUUCGUUUCCUCCACUUGGUUAUUAUAUUCAUUCCUGUCAUUGUAACCAUUCCACUGGCAAUGGUCGGCCCCCGCAGGAAAGAUAGGGACAAUGAGCGUGCUACCACUCUUUGGUGGUACUCAUUCUUGGUCAACUCAAUGGAAAGAGCUGGACCUGCUUUCAUAAAGCUUGGGCAGUGGGCAGCUUCGAGGUCAGACAUAUUCCCUGCAGAAAUGUGUCGGGUCAUGUCUGAAUUGCAUUCCAAUGCUCCGGCACACUCGUUACGCCAUACCAAACGAACCAUCUCAGAAGCUUUCGGUGGGAGAUCGUUCGAUGACAUCUUUACCGAAUUUGAUGAGAAGCCUCUCGGAGUGGGUGCCAUCGCCCAAGUCUACAAAGCCAGACUGAAACCAGACUUGUCUAAGCUCGAGGGAAAUGACCUGGAAACGACUGAAAAGGCUAGAUUGAGUCAUCGGAUCAGAAGGAACGUUGAUGCCCUGGUCAAAUCAAGUCCUCAAAGAGUUCCAUCGGCAUACGUGGCUAUUAAGGUGCUCCACCCAAAUGUCGAACGAACCGUCCGCCGAGAUCUUAAGAUUAUGGGCAUUUUCGCCGCAAUCAUCAAUGCUAUCCCUACGCUAGAGUGGCUCGAUCUACCCAACGAAGUAUCAAAUUUUGGUGAGAUGAUGCGACUCCAACUAGAUCUCCGGAUCGAGGGUGCGAACCUGACCAUUCUCCGCAAACAUUUUCAGAACAGAACUACGGCAUGGUUCCCAUACCCAUAUACUGAUUUCACGACCCGCAAUUUAUUGGUCGAAGAAUUUGCCCAAGGUAUACCCCUAGCCACUUUCCUGGAAUCUGGUGGAGGAGUUUUCCAAAAAGAAAUAGCAAACGAAGGCUUAGAUGCGUUCUUGCAUAUGCUGCUCAUAGACAAUUUUGUCCAUGCAGACCUUCACCCUGGUAACAUCAUGGUAAAUUUUUAUAAGCCAACGAAGCCAGAUGUAAGAUUACCAUACAUGUCUAGGCAGGACCCUACAGAGCCUUUAUCAGCAUCUGAGAUCGACUCAUCUGAGGCUGUCCUGUCAAGAUUAAGACCACAUACCGGCAACAAAGAAGAAUGGAUAGCAGCACUUGAUGAAAUUGACCGAGAAGGCUAUAGACCACAAUUGAUCUUCAUCGAUACUGGUUUGGUGACAGAACUCAAUGCAACAAACCGGGCAAAUUUCUUGGAGCUCUUCCGAGCAGUCGCUGAAUUUGAUGGCUAUAAAGCGGGUCAUCUGAUGAUUGAAAGAUGCCGACAACCCGAUGCUGUUAUCGAUGGUGACGUUUUUGCCCUCAAAAUGCAACACUUAGUUCUUGCCGUCAAGGGCCAGACAUUCGCCCUUGGUAACAUCAAAAUUGGAGACAUUUUAUCACAAGUUCUGGGGAUGGUGAGAUCCCAUCAUGUUCGCAUGGAAGGGGACUUUGUGAACGUCGUCAUAUCGAUCCUCCUCCUUGAGGGCAUUGGUAGAUCUCUCAAUCCUGAGCUAGACCUUUUCCAGAGCGCUCUGCCCAUCCUUCGCCAGCUUGGCUCAUCUGACCCCAGUGCAGUGCUAAAGAGCUUCAAGGAGGGAGAUUUUUCCUUGUUGAAGAUCUGGGUCGGCCUCGAGGCCCGACGAUUCUUCCAAGCAAGCGCAGAGAGUGUUGAGAUGUGUGUCAAAUACGAUCUACUCAGUCCCAAUGUGUGA